AUGAUGGUCGCAUGGAGACUUAGUCUGCCGUUUUUGGCUGCCGAGGUGCUUGCUAACACAGCUCUAGCAGCACAUCCAUACCCACUCGGUGUCAGUUUCGGCCAAAGGAACAUUACCGCCGCUGUGAUCGACGAUAAUGGCUCGCCACUACUCCUGGCCAACAUCGCUGGCACAAACGCAUACCGCCAAAUGAUGCGCGACUCAAUCGACUACGAAGGCCUCCAAUGGGAAAGCGAUGGCGAUUGGUACUUUUCCAACGGGAGCGACCCAGUUCAAAUUCCCGAACCAGGAAACAAGCUCUUAAUGGAAGCAAUCUUCCUUGAAAACCUUGUUGAGAUACGACAAGUCGCGACGCAGAAACUCGGAUACGCGCUUGAUAUGGCUUCUAUAGUGUAUCCGAGACAUUUGAACGAUACCGCGCGGGAGAUUUUUCAGAAAGUCGUCAUUGGGAAUGAACCUGGUCUUUCUACUGCGCGACAGCUAGGUGAUUCGUACGACGGUGCGUUCCGCGCAUAUGAUUUCCAUCUAGGUGAGAGCGAUGGUCUGGUUGGUUUUGUCGAUUACGAUGAUGAGUAUGUGGAUCAGGCUGUUGGGAAAAUUGCCAAGGAUCGUGCUAUUUGGGGUGCCAAUGGGUGUAAUCUGCGUUUCCGGGGUAUGGCGAGACAGGAUGGCGCGUCGAGGAUAACAGAUAAUGACACGGAACGCGCUCAAAAGAUCAACGAGCUUGGUAUCUCACUAGGAGAUACAAUCGAGGUAUUCGCAAAUAUGCAAGGCACAGGGCCAAAAGGGCUUAUUCUCUCUGGAGAAGGUCCACAGUUGGAUUUCAAGUAUCUGCGCGAGAGCAUUGCCGCUGCUGUUCCUGAUCACGCAGACAAGAUUUGCGAUUCAAUUGAUCCCACGUUCGUCGGGGCCGUGGGUGCUGCGAAAUGGGCCAAGUUCCAGGUUGACCAUGCGGAUACCUUUUUCAACGAGCCGGCUGGCCAUGACGAGCUAUAG